AUGUAUCUAUUGCCAGUCUGGUGUAUACCUUCGACUUGCAUCGAAGUCCAAAAAGUCAUGCAGUCCGAAGCUGAUCUCACUGAAGCAUUAAACUUAGUAAUUUGGAACAAACGAAUCUUGUCUUUUUUGGGCUUAUGGCCACUCAAGCCAAAUCAAUUUCUAUUCAUAUUUUUUAUCAUAUACAUGAUAAUUUAUUGUAUCAUGGGAGCAGGCCAUUUGAUUAAGAAUGUUGAUCAGCCGGAAGUCGUCAUAGCAAAUUUAACAGAUAACAUAUUGUUUGGAAUGAUAUUGGGAAAAAUGUUCAUAUGCAAACGCAGCUGCGAGAUAAUGAUCGAGUUUCUGAAAAGCAUCGAAAUCGAUUUCACGACAAGAAUGUACGACAAUGUCCAGGAGAAAAAGGCGUAUCUAUAUUAUAACAAAAUCGCACUGCUUUUCGUAAAGAUAUCGACAAGUAUGGCAGGAUUAGCAGCCACGAUGUAUUAUUUGAGGACAUUUUUCGAAAAUUGGAGCGCGAUUGUAUCCGGUAAUUUUUCGUAUAAAUUACCGUACCCGGUUCAUCCCUUCUUUGAGAUCAAGGACACUCCUACGUACAUAUGCAUGUGCGUGUAUCUGGCGCUAGGUAUAGCGAUUAUAGUAUGCGGUUAUGCUGGACCAGAUGCUUUUGUACUCAGCAUGACUCUUCAUGUUUGCGGUCAGUUUGCCGUUUUAUCAUGCAAAGUCAACCAUUUGUUAAAAGAUAAUGAGAAUUAUCGUCGCCAUAUUAGUAACAUUGUGUUGAGACAUUACCAUUUAAUAAGAUUAGCAGAGAUCUUAGAGAGCAAUUUCAACAUAAUAUGCCUACAGCAAACUCUGGGCACUUUAUUGUUGCUCUGUUUUACAGUAUAUCAUACAAUUUUGACAUCGGCAUAUGGCGAUGAAACUACUCUCCUAGCUUUUGCAUUAUAUGUAGCUUGCGUAAUUAGUACAAUUCUUGCUUAUUGCUAUAUAGGAGAAUGCCUCAUCAUUGAGAGCACAACAUUACGUGAAGCAUUUUACAAUUCCGAUUGGUACAAUAAUCCUCCAUCAACAUCAAAGCUAAUCAAUAUUUGCAUGGUUCGAUCUGAGAAACCAUUAAUGUUGACUGCUGGUAAAUUCUGCGUAUUAUCAUUGAAUACAUUUACGAGUGAUCAAAAAGACUUAGAUCGUGCGGCCAAGGUGUUAUCUUGGAACAAAUGGCUAAUGUCAAUGCUGGGUCUUUGGCCUUUUCAAUCCAAUGAUCUUAUUUUCUCGAUUAGUUUUGUCUACUUCAGUUUUCUCUUGAUUCUGGAGUAUCUGAGCUUCUUCUUUUACAUUAGUGAUCUCGAACUCGUGAUCAUGAAUUUGACAGAAAACGUGGCAUUUUUACAGAUAUUUGUGCGAAUGAGUACGUUAAGGUUAUAUAAUGAUGAAAUUGGUGAAGUCAUAACGGAGGCCAUGAAAGAUUUUGAUGAGGCAAAUUAUAAAACUGCCGAGGAGAUUAAGACAUUCGUCACUUACUAUGCUAAAUCGAGGAUCUUUUUUAAGCUGAUGAUGAUAUUUGUCAUAAUAACGGCUUUAUCAUACUAUUUGACUCCAAUUCUUAUUAUUCUCGGAAAUGGAGGACUACCCGAAAUAGUGACCAUCGAAAAUGUGACUCAAAUAAUUUACCUAUUACCUUAUCGCUUUCAUGUGUUCUACGCGAUUGAAAAUAUACGUAUGUACACGAUUACAUACGUCUGGCAAAUGCCGUUUGCCUUCGUCAGUGCUUGUGGACAAAGCACUGCUGAUUGUAUUAUGGUUACACUCGUCUAUCACAUUUGCGGUCAGAUGUCGGUUCUUGCUUUGCGUAUUAACAAUAUAAAUACCGAAGUCUGUGAUUGUGGGCCUGAGAUGCGACAUAUGAUGCUCAUGCAUGUAUGAUUAUUACGAAUGGGAAAAAUAAUAGGAAAAGCAUUUAGUGCUACAUUAUUGGCGCAUCUUUUAGGAGCUACUUCUCUCGUAAGCAUCCUCGGUUAUCAAAUGUUAUCGAAUCUUUCUAAGGGUGAAACAGGAGUGGUUCCACUUUUAUUGAAAUUCUUUUUAUUCAUAUUCUUAGUCCUGCUUAUACUUUAUGCUCAUUGUCUUGUCGGCGAAAACCUUUUGACAGAGAGUUCUAAAGUGGGUGAAGCGUUUUAUAAUUGCCGUUGGUAUGAUAUGUCAAAGAAUAAUGCGCGAAUGCUAAUAUUAUGCAUGGCAAGAUCGCAGAAACCGCUCUGCCUGAUAGCUGGAAAAUUUACCAUGUUUUGUCUCAGCACUUUAACUGACAUUUUGAAAACAUCCAUGGGAUAUUUAUCAGUAUUACGUUCUCUCUUAUAA